CCAUCCUCGUGGGUGUGAAGUGAUAUCUCAUUGUGGUUCUGACUUGCAUGUCCCUAAUGAAAGCCAGGGAGCUUCUGGGAGUAUCAGAACGCAGACGAUGCCUCACUAGGCAGACCUGCUGGGACACUGGGCUGGUGACGGGAGAUAAGCCAGGCUCCUUGGGGCUUGUGUGCAAAGUCAUUCUACUGAGGGGACACCUCCGGCUUGAUGAGUCUCAAUUAGGAAAAGCCAGGCUGAUGGGGGAAGGGAGGAGAGCAUUCUUCAUUCCUAUCACAUUCCUGCAUCUCUGCUCCAGCCCGCACCCAGGGCUUCCCUCCCGGGCUAUCCAGCUCAGGACAGGCCGAGGAACCAUGUCUGCACCCAUGGCUGCCUUCUGUCUUGGGCUGUGUCUGGGGCAGGUGAUACAGGCUCAGAAAGGCCCACUGCCCAAGCCCUCCCUCCAGGCCCGGCCCAGCUCCCUUGUGCCCCUGGGGAAGCCGGUGACCAUCAGCUGCCAGGGCCCUCCAGGCGCGGACUUGUACCGCCUGGAGGAACUGAUAUCCCGGAAGUAUUUGGACCAGGCGGAGCUCUCCAUCUCGGCCAUGGAACAACGCUUCGUCGGACGCUACCGCUGCUCCUAUCAGAGCGGGACCAGCUGGUCUCCCCCCAGCAACCAGCUGGAGCUGGUUGCUACUGGAGUUUUCACCAAGCCCUCGCUCUCAGCCCAGCCCAGCACGGCAGUGGCCCCAGGAGUGGACGUAACUCUACGGUGUCAGAGCCAGUAUAGUUUUGACCAAUUUGCUCUGUACAAGGAGGGGGACGCUGGGCCCUUCGAGACACCUGAAAGGUGGUACCAGGCUGAUUUUCCCAUCACCACGGUGACUGCUGCCCACAGCGGGACCUACCGAUGCUACAGCUUUUCCAGCAGAUCUCCAUACCUGUGGUCAGCCCCCAGCGACCCCCUGGAGCUCGUGGUCACAGGGACCUCUUCUACCCCCAGCUGGUUGCCCACAGAACCACCUUCCUCUGUAACAGAAUUCUCAGAAGCCUCCAAGAAACUGAACCAGUCACUCGUGAACGAAGUUUCCGCCGCUGAAACUUCUAGGAAUACCACCAUCCUUCCAAAGGAGUCAGACCCUCCAGCUGGUCUUGCCUUCCAGUAUUACACUAAGAGCAAUCUGGUCCGGAUAUGCCUGGGGGCUGUGAUUCUAGUACUCCUGGUGGGGCUUCUGGCAGAAGAUUGGCACAGCCGCAAGAAACCCCUGAUGCACCGGGCCAGAGCGGGCCACAGGCCGCUCCCACCCCUCCCUCAGACCCAGAAGUCACACAGUUGUCAGGAUGGGGGUCGACCAGAUGAUCAUAACUGAGGAUACCAUCAUUAGAGUCCCAAGGCUUGGUCGUAUCUAAGAGAUGGGUCAUGGGAGUGGGGAGGGGACUUAGUGUGGAGUGUGAGAGUGAAAGGAUAGAGCCGACAGCUGUGGAAAAGGAGGGCGGGGGGUGUUCUUCUGGGUGCCCCAUCAAGGAGUUGUUGAGUCAGUGUCUAUUUGGCUGUAGGUCCUAGGACUCUCUUUGUUUGGGAUGGAAGGAAUCUAGUGGAUGCCAUAGUCUCCUCACUGAUAUCUUGCUCAUUGUGGACCUUGUGGCACCUUAAUUGGGCCAUCACACUUACCUCUUUCUUCAACCUUCCCUAAUAUGAGUUCCAGAUUGACUUCUAAUAUUCCCACCUCUCACAGCUGAGCUGUUCUAUCCUUUGCACAAAACUCCCACAUUUCCCCCGUGCCCACCCCGUGCUUUUUUUUUUUUUUUUAACUGGAGUAUAGUUGAUGUACGAUGUUGUGUUAGUUUCCGGUGUACAGCAAAGUGAAUCAGUUCUGUGCUUUUUUUUCCUGAUUAUCCCCAAACCUAACCCUUGCUCUAGCCCUAUCUUAAGCUGUAGUCUGAAAAAUCUCCUUUUGUUUCUCGAGAUGUGCCUGGUUCUUUCAGGCUUUGGGGCAUUCUGUUCUUUCCGCUUAGAAUAUAAUAUAACCAACAUGAAUAUAAUUAUAACCAACAUGCCAGUGGCUCGCCUUUAUAUUAGAAAAAAAGUCCAAAGUCCUAACUAAGUUUGUGCCAAAGGCUAGAAUAUGUAAAUCCAUAGAGAUAGAAAACAGAGUGGUGGUUGACAGGGGUUGA